GGUCAGGAACUUCAGCAGCAGAUCAACGGUUUACAGCAACAGCUCAUGAUGGUCGAGGAGCAAUUGAGGAUAUUCGAGCCUGAUCCACUUCGAUUUACUUCCAUGGAUGAACUUGAAUCCUGCGAAAAAAAUCUUUCCAAGGCAUUAAAGCGUGUCUCUGAGUGAAAGAAAUACCUUCUGAGUAACCAUCUAUCAACUUAUGAUCCAUCAACUCUGCAGCAAAUAAACUCAGCCGUAAAGCUAAUGUUCGAGGCCCAAAAUGGAACCAAUUCAUUUGGAAACAACGCGAUGAACUGCUGGCAAGAGAUGAAUGGUAAUAAUAACGGUGGAGUUAGCGGUCACAAUCACGAAAAUAUUUUAGUAUCCCCUGACACUACUUGCAUGCCUUUGAGCAAUUCCCCGCCAGGAGUGUAUGAAUCAACGAGUACUAACAAUGGGGAGACACAGAGUGUGGGAGUGCAUCACAUAAACAAUCCAGGUGAAGAAGAAUGUCUCCAACAAUGGCAGCAUCAGUCAAGUCAUGAUUUCCUCAAUGCUCUAUUGCCUCCGCAUGACUCCUUCUCUCUCGUCAAGGACGAAUUGCUACCUAAUUCAAUGCUGACACCCUUGAUUCAGCAGCAGCCAAUCGACAAGGCUUCACCAAGUGUACAACUCCCAUCCAGCGAGGAAAGUGCAAAUUAUGAGCACAAGCUAAAGCUACCAAAGAUUAACUAGCAUGGAUUAAUAUGUAAUGUUCCAUUUCCUCUAGAAAUUGACUUCAAACACAUUGUAGGUUGAUAAUGGUCAUUUUGUAUGGGUGCUUAAACCACAGAUUGUUGUUAGCUAUUGUACUAAUCGAAACUACAGUUACUACUUAUCAAUAUUUGUAUAUAUAUUAAUGUAUUAAU